CAUUGUCCUCAUAAAUGGAAAGCGCGUGCCAGUUGUUCCUAAUUAGCAUAGGUAAACGCCCCGCCAAUCCCCAUAAAAGGGCAUGAGACUGCAGGGCCGUGUGCACACAGAAAUCGAAAAGAAAAGUUGAGAGCGAAGUCAAUAAUGCCCAAACAAAAAUCUAAAGACGGUGGAGCACCGGACUCCAAACACGCAGAGCUUAACAUGAAGCGCUACAUCUUUUUACUUCUAACUUUGUCUGUCACUGUGGCUUUGGAGUACAGGAAUGACACAUGGAGUCCUCACAGGGAAAAGAGGGAGUUGUUGAGGCGCACAAAAAGAAGGUGGGUUUUGUCAACCAUUGAAAUCAUAGAAGAAGAGAAACCGCCUUACCCCAAACUUGCCACAAAACUGUUCAAUGAUCAAGAACAUGAUUACGAUCUUGUAUACUCAAUCAGUGGUCAUGGAGUUGAUGAAGACCCGCUGGGGGUUUUCACCAUUAAUUCAGAAACUGGAGAAGUCUUUGCUCACAAGCCCGUCGAUCGUGAGGAGUAUCCUAUUUUCCAUAUCAAGUUUAAUGUCCUUGACAAGAGAACUGGGAAGGUGGUUGACCGUCAACUUUCCUUUGAUGUGGAAGUAAUAGAUAUAAAUGACAAUGCUCCACUGUUUGAUGAACCUCUGAAAAAAGUAGUUAUCAAUGAAAACCAGGAAGAAGGUUUGCUGCCCAUCAGCCUGUCAGCCACUGAUCGGGAUGAGGAACAUACGGAUAAUUCUAAAAUAACAAUGAGUAUAGUUAGUCAGGAACCAGCAUACCCAAAGUUUGGGCUGACCGAAAUAAAAUUCUCACGAAAUAAACAACUGAAUUUAGUGGGCUGCUUUGAUUAUGAUAAAGUGAAGGAAUACAAAGUCCUUGUUAAAGCACAAGACCACGGAACACCAGUAUUGUCUUCAACUGGAACUGUCUUAAUCAGUAUUCAAGAUUCCAACACUCACCCGCCAGUUUUUAAAAAAGCAAAGCAUGAGGUGGAAGUGAUGGAGAUGUCCGAAAACAAAGUUCUUUUGAGAUUGGCAGUGACGGAUAAAGAUACACCAAAUACACCUGGAUGGAGGGCCAAAUAUACAAUUCUCAAGGGCAAUGAAGCUGGACACUACAUGAUCGAGACAGACCCAAAGACCAAUGAAGGAAUCCUAACAAUAAUUAAGGCAAAAGAUUACGAGGUGACGACAAAGAGACACCUGCUAAUCGGGGUGGAGAAUGAAGAGCCCCUGUUUGUGUGUGGGUCCAAGGGUGCUGAUGUGGCCACAGGAGGACCACUGCUGCAAACCGCAGACGUAACCGUCACUGUGAUCGAUGUCAACGAUGCACCUGUGUUCACCAAGGUAGUGACUAAAAUAUAUGAAAAAGAGGAGGAGGAGCCUGGCAAGGUGCUGUACAGACCCACGGUCACCGACGUGGAUUCACAUCCCAGUAAUAUCAGGUAUAAAAUAGCCCAGGAUUCAGCAAAGUGGAUGAACAUUGACCCAAAAACCGGGGUUGUCAAAUCUGUACAGAAGCUGGAUCGUGACUCGUCACAUGUCAACAACAGCAUUUACACUGUCGUUGUUCAUGCUAUUGAUGAUGGGCAACCACCCAUGACUGGUACUGGUACCUUGCUGAUCCACCUCAGUGACAGCAAUGACAACGCACCUUUCCUGGUGAGCAAGGAGACCUAUAUGUGCGGGAACAAGGACCAAAGUGUAGAGAUCCAAGCACAUGAUAAUGAUGAGGCUCCUUUUGGGGGGCCCUUCACGUUCUUGUUGCGGGGUGAUACGUCACUGAAGAAACAAUGGAAGCUGGACCCUUAUAUAGGAGAGAAGGCCACCCUGGUGAGCAUUAAGCCCCUGCCCUUUGGAACCUAUACAGUUCCACUCACGAUUGAGGACCAGCAGGGAAAAUCAGCAGAUGAAGACCUGCAGGUAGUGGUUUGUGACUGCGGGUCGGGCAAAGUGUGCAAGGGCCUCAAGGAAAAAUCAUCAGCGCUGGGAGGAGCGGCCAUCGCAACUCUGUUUGCAGGCAUUCUGGCAUUCCUGCUUCUUUUGUGCCUGUGUCUGAUUUGUCAGUGCAAAGGAGAGCAACACAAACCCGUGUACCUCCAGGAAGACGGAAACCAAACACUGAUCAAAUAUAAUGAAGAGGGUGGCAGCUCCGCAUAUAAGGAUGUACCCCCACAUGUCAUGUCUCCCAUAAGCAGCUAUGUGGCCGCAGAUGCAGUGAAGCAAGCCAGCAUACCGCUCACCCAGAUGUCCCCUGGCUUCCAGCACAGUGAGGCCAAUGGGACGCUGAGAAACCAAGGCAUGGGAAUGCGGAUGGACAUGGACAUGGACAUGGGCGCAUAUGAUCUUGGCAUGGAGCGUAUGGAGGCACAGUGGAAUACCAGAAGUACCAAAAUCAGCCAAACCCGAUCACAAAAACUGAUGUCAAGCACGAAAGUCUCAGAACUGAUUGAAUGGAGGCUUGGCGAUCAGAAGGAGGAUCAGCUGGAUUUCCCUGGAUACCACCCCCAGUUGUAUGCCUAUGAGGGGACAGGCAGUAGAUGCCAGUCCCUGGAUCAGCUGUCGCUAAGCAACCGUGGGGAUGAACUGGAUUUCCUGCAACACCUGGGCCCUAAGUUCAACACACUGGAUGGAAUUUGCCGCCAGGCAAUUGAGGAGAAAAAAUUGAAGCUGUAAAGAAAGAGUGUGCAUUCAGUGUGUGGGUGUGUCUGUGUGUGUGAGAUGAGCUGCAUGUGAGGCUUUCUGAUUGGAUCAGGUGACGGGAUUGCUGUUGGCUGAUUGGCUACGCCGAGGAUUUGAACACCAGCUGACGUCAACCUGUUGGCCCUGCUCUCUUCCAUUUCCCAAAGAAGGCUGUUCUGCUGGAGUUUAGAGUUGUAUGUGUUAGCUGAGAACUUUCGUGAUUAGUAAUCGUGUGUUUGAAAUAAGAGAGAGUGGCAAAGCGUGUUAUGUAACUUUUGAAACUCUCUUAACUCUUCUGUACUUAGAAUUAGGAAUCAAUUGUACACUAAAUAUUUAAGACUAAGGUAGCAGUCUGUAGCAGUGAGAAGCCCUUGUUCUUUUGGUAAAUCAUUUUCUCCCAUGUUUUUCAGUUAGGAGUUAGGUUAGAGCCUUGUCUUUUUGUUUCAACUUUGUUUUUUUGUUAGGGAAGUUUAGGGUUGGGAUUAGUGAAUUUAUGUUUGUUAUUCUGGGCAUUGCUCAUCUCUGAAGUUUUUAAAAUGAACUGCCACCUUGUGAACUUUGAUUGCUGGCCUAUAUGGAUUAGUUCAUACAUACAUUAUUGAGCUGUCUCAUGAGUUUAU